GGGACGGAGAGCUGGCGGAGCAACCUACUUAAUAGCCUUCUAUUUCCCAAAUCUCACAUUGCUGAAACAAACUCAGCAAAGCAAGCAACUCCUAACGCCCGCAAAGCACCAUGGCGACCAGCCUAGUCCACGGCUCGGGUCUGUCAGCAUCUCGCAAUGCCUGCCAGUCCAGUCGGCGUUCCGUCAGGGCUCACGUCGCUGCUGUGCAGCGGAGGGUCGCGGAUGUCGCGUCGAUGAAGGCAGCCAUGAGCGUCGACACCGCCAAGCUCGAGGCCCUGGCUGAGGAGGCUUUCCGCAAGGCCAAGGAGGUCGGCAGGAGCGCCCGCAUGAUCGCCGACGAGGCCCUCUACCGCCGGGCAAUGGACACAGAGGUCGCGCCGCCGCAGCUGCCCCUCGCCCGCAUGGAGGAGCGAACCACCUUCGCCGCCGCUGCCUCCGGCCCGGCCGAGGUUCACUACGAGCAAGCCAAUGCAGGCGUGCUGAGUCAGCUGGAGGCUCAGGCCAUGGAGGCCGCCCGCUGCGCCAUGGCCGCCCACGCCGCCGCCCUGGAGUCUGCGGAGGAGAGGGCCCGGCUCGCCGCCAUCGAGGCGGAGAUCGCCGCCGCCGAGACGGGGGCUGCCGAGGCCGCCGCCGCCCCGCGCGCCGUCGUGAUGGCUGCACACAUUAUUGGUGACGCCGCCGCCCAACCGGCGCCGCGCAGCGCCCCCAACUCGCCCAAGCCCUCGCCGCUGUGUUCCAUUGACCAGGACAGCCUGGGCCGGCCCGAUGCUGGCCUGCUGGCGGCGCUGGAGGCUGAGGCCCUUCGCAAGGCCCGCUGCGCCAUGGACGCAAACGCCGCCGCCGCGGCCGCGGCCGCCGCCGCCGCCGCGCAGCAGCAGCGCCAGUCGUAGAUAGAUGCGCGCUGCUGGGCGUCCGCCGGGCGGCUGGCGCGGCCUGUAUGUGUGCAGCCGCGAGCAGAGGUCGGCUGCUGGGAAGGAAGGGCUGCCUUUGCGACCACGCGGUGACCCAUCCCAUUCGCUAGUGAAGAGGAAUGAGCUCACUUAUGAGAAGGUGCGGCGGCCCAGAGUUAUGAUUAGUGUGCAAACCUCCAGGAGUUUGCCGGACCAGUUUUGAAAGUCUGUGCGCGCUUCGGGCUGUCCGGAGAGGCUGCCCUCUGUUUGGGCCCGCUACUAAUGCUGCCUCCAAGUGCACUGCUGCCUCCAAGUGCACUGACCGCCUUCUUGAUAGCAAGUAAGGUGUGCGUGAUUAUUGUCUGUUGGCAGCAGCGUGUUGAUUGUGGCACUGCGCCGAUACCAUUAAAUAAGGGUAACGCAGAUUGCAUCGGUAACACGUAGCAAUUUUGACGUGGGUUCCCCAGGGAUUACUAUUUAUCCACGGAUUUUGAAGAACAGCACGAAUGCAUGGUACUUUAUGGAUGGUUUGAAAGGUCAGAAGGGGGUGGGGUGGGGCGAGAUCAGAUAGCGGGGCAAGGGCACGCAUGCGUGCCUGUUUACUGUGCGCGCGUGCCGUGGAGCCAGAAACGCGGAGGUGCCUGCUUGCCACACUUCAUCAUUUGCAUGGCACCAUGCCCAAAUAACCUUGACCUUAGUGCAUUGGGCACAGUCUUUGACUAGCCGAAGCACGAAGACUAACUUCGCGUGCCGCGGUAGCAUUAUUCUUUCCUGCGGUUGGGCAAAUGCGGCGGUUCUCAGCCUUCGCAUAGCUGUCGGGUGGUCCUACUGCUCUGUCGUGCGUAUGACAUUUACUGGUGUUGCGUUUUCGGUCUUUAUUGUGAUGGCUGUUACAGUAUGCUAAUCGCCGCCGUGUAGGGAAGUAAGGCAGGAAGGCGGCAUAAGACAUGGACUUGGCCAGAAGCAACCAAACCCACGUACAGUAAUAGCAACCGCAUCACACGCAGCCAAUGACGGCUGCGGGUGCAUGUGGUUUGGGGUUUGCGCUUCAAUUUUGACACGGGCCGUCGGGGUGCGUUUUUCUAUUGUUUUAGUUAGGCUCUUGUGAUACGGUGUGCGAGUUGAAGGGCAAGCGGCACUGUGGUCCUGCACCACAUGUCCUGGCGACCGUCAUACGAUGUGGGGAACGAAGGAGUGCAGGACGGAAUAGGCCUACCUAUCCAGGGGUCGGCACUGCUGCGUGUGUAAACUGCUCGUGG